AUGUCUACGAUCAGCAGCUUCAUCGCUGUCAUCGCUGUCAUCGCUGUCGCUAUUCUCUUCGUCAAAAGUGAUAUCUUCAUUCAAGAUCGGGCUACCGUUUACCAUCCAUCUUUCCGAUCGCUUCGCAACGUCCUCAAUGCGACUCUGAAUCUUGCUUACCACUUCCCGUGA